CACGUCAAAAUAAUCGCGCUUUUUUUUCUGUUAUUUUUUUUAAAAUAUUUGUUAAACUUUUUUUUGCACRAAUGAAGUUGGAGUACGUUUUUUAAUGCCGAUAUUAGACUCCAGUGUCAUGAAACUAGGAUUUCUUGRUUGAGGCUUGAAAAAGGGUUAUUUUGGAUUAUCUCCCGACUAAAGUCUUCAACGACUCAUCCGAGCAAUUCAACUAUUCACCGUAUUUGAGACUAUUGCCAUGGCAACAAAGUUGACAUUUCUCAAGAUAACGGUGUGUUGUCUUUUUAUACUAUUGACAAUCAGUGGACACACAACUGCGAAGAAAAAACAUCACAAAGCGAAAGAAUCGUCAAACUCAAAAGAAAACAAAGACAAAUUGGUGACUAUUCUUGCCAUAGGUAAGGAAUCACGUGACGCAAAAGAAAGUACGUCACAMCACGUGACUAACAAAAAUGAUACUUCACAAGUUGAUAGCAGCCAACGAAAAAGCAUUGCGAGUUCAAGUGAGAGUAAAAAACAUAAACAUGGUCAUAAGAUUCAUGACGGAAAUUCCCACGAGGCAAAUGCUGUUUCAAGGGAGAACAUUGCGAACGAAAUCAACAGAAUAGACGACGUGCAAGGCGCGUAUAAACAGGGAAUCAAUGACGAUGUUACCAGUGACAUGGAGAAAGUUAAGAUGAUUGACACUGGUGAGCUGACUGACUACUUCCACGCGUUGAACGGAGACGAUAAAACGGCAAUUGGCAAGCCGAAAUCUCGUCACCAUGACAACCAUGAAGCACCGCUGAACCAACUUGGUGAAUAUGCAGAAGAUGAGAAUUCAGUAGGAAAUACUAAGUCAGAAACGCAGGGUUUGGAAGAGAGUCCUGGGUACAAGUUAAACAAGCAGCACGACGGGGGGCCUGGUUACGAGGUUUUUAGUGACAACCCAGAAGAAUCUGAUUCGGAUGAUUUUUAUAAUGCUAUCGAGGAAGGGAAAAGUCCUGCAGAAAAUAUGAAGAAAAUUCGACCUACAAAGUCUCACUUCGGUAAUGGACAUAAGAUAAGCAAGGCUGUUGCAGCUGAGGUGAGCAGCCAUCGGAUCAGAGGACAUGAGGCAGUUAGUAGGUACGACAGUAGUGAGGAAAUGAACAACGUAGACUCGUUUUCACAACAGCUGGAUCAAAACGAAGAUAUUAGUCAGCAACAAGGGGGACGGAGGCCACAAGAGAAAGACGAACAGAACUAUGAACAGAACAACGGUCACACCAACAGUAAUGACAACACAGCACAAGAAAAUAACGAACAAGACCCGAAUGUUAUGGACUACCCAUAUCCGAUUGAUAAUGCGCAUGCUCAGACGGAGGAACGUCCUGUUACUACGCUGAAUGUUGGGAACACUGAGAGCAUUGUCAACACACCAAAUACAGCAACCACAGCAAAUGAAGGAAUGGCAAAAACAGGCGGUAAAGAUAACGCAGUAGAGGUUAGUAAUGCAACUAAACCGGGAAAGUUGRAGAAAGCAGGUCUCGGAAAACAAGAUAAACAGGAUAAACAAAAUAUAAAAGAACAAGACAACAACACGGAAUCAAACAGAAACCACAGUGAGGCAACUACUGGGAGCCAUGACUACGCGGACAGCAAAGAAGGCCAGGCACAGUCAGACGUUUAUAACCAAUUCCUUGCUAAUCCUUUCUUCAAUCCGUUUGAACUUUUUGGACUGAAUAGAAAGCAAAAAGAUGGGAAUUUAGAUCAAAAAGAGGAUAAAAAAGUAAAAGAAAUCAAGGGYCCGUCGCCUUCAUUGGAAAACAAAGUAACGACGAGCGAAGGAGAGAAAAUGGUCGUACAGAAGGAAAAGGACAACAAAGAAUACUUGGCUCCUCUACAAGUCAAAGGGACAAGAAUCCAAGGGGGAAAGAUCACUGGGGGCACUAUAACUGGUGGGCUUAUAGAAGGAGGUGAAAUAAGUGCUGGAAGUAUUGAAGGAGGGACUAUUAAAGGAGGUUAUGUAAAUGGGGGGAAAUUCAAAAAUGGAACAAUGGARGGCGGGAUUUUUCAUGAUGGACUGAUUGAAGGUGGACGUUUAAUCAACGGYAGUUUUGAAGGUGGAUUGAUGAAGGGAGGAAGAAUGUAUGGAGGAAGCGUYAAAGGUGGUUAUAUCGAAGGUGGGGACAUCAAAGGUGGUGUGCUUCAAGGUGGCUCAUUUCGAGGAGGAAGCCUAGAGGGAGGGGUAAUGAGAGGGGGCGAGGUCAAGGGAGGCAGUAUCAAGGGAGGGAAGAUGGAAGGAGGGACAAUGACUGGAGGAAGCGUCGAGGGUGGAAUCCUCAAAUUUGGGAAACUCUCCGGCGGGACUAUCAAGGCUGGUACAAUGCUGGGAGGGGAAAUGACAAACGGGAGCAUCGAGGGGGGUAUUCUCAAAGGGGGGUCAAUUAGUGGGGGUGUUCUGAGGGGUGGGGUCAUGGAAAGGGGCCAGCUUAAAGGUGGAGUGGUUUUGGCGGGGAAAAUCAAUGGGGGAAUAAUAGAAGGAGGCGUUAUUGAGGGAGGAGAGAUAGGAGACGGAGUUAUCAUCAAGGGAGGGAGGAUUAAUGCAACCAUUAUGGCAGCAAAUGGAAACGACAAGAAAGGAAAGAAUAAAGACGACAAGAAGCUGAGUGAGAACGAAAUGAAUGGAAAUGAAAGCAUUGACAAAACCAAAGAAARGAACACCAAGGAGAAAGAUGACAAACAUAACGAGCAGGAAAACAUAAAUACAGUAGAACCUCCACCUCUGAUCAUGCCUGAACCAAAACAAGUUCACAUGACGGGCAGCCCCACUGGUAUACAACAAAAUAUCCCACCGUAUCCGAACMCUUUAAACCCCAUGAAUAUGCCGCCCGGAGGCGUGUUAACCAACCCAAUGCAGAUGGCUGACGCAACUCCAGGACAACCUAUGCUCGCUCCUUCGCAGCCUCAAGGACCUGGACAAGGAGCUUACACUCCGGAGCAACUUAAYAUUCAAGCCUUCAGGCAGAUGACUGGAGUAGGAAGAGACGGUACUAUAUCGCAAAGAGGUAAGCAUCAUAUUGUGUUCGACGGCGUCAGCUUUGAUAUUCCUGAUGAAGGAUUCGACAAUCUGAUCCGACGGAUCAACGGAAACUCAAAAGACCUUGAGAACCUUUUGGACUAUCCUGACAAGGAUCAGUCACACGAAGACAAGCAUGAUCCCAAGCAUGAGGCGAAGCAUGACGACAAGCAUGAGACAGUGGUUAAUCAAACAGAGCAACAAGACAACAACACCCAGAAGAUAGCCGCAGCACACCAAGGCGAGGCAGGGAUCAAACCUGAGGACAUCGAAACGAGGCUAAGUCCAACAAAAUCCAGGUCUGUGAACGAGCGAGAAGAGAAUAUGACACAGACUAUCAACUCAAAGAUACCCAAAUCACAUGCAUUACACCCAUCAUACCACUGGUCGCUUAGYAACAUCAUCGGGGACAGAAUCCCGGGUAGUCCUGGAGCUGCCAUGAUAUCACACGGCCAUAUCCUAAAGACACGAGGGGGAUUGUCGUUCAAUGGAGAAGAUGCGUGGUUAGGAGGUGGAGACUUUGCUGGUGGAUGCAUCAGUGCUCCAGAUAAAUGUGAUGAUGGGUUUUCAUUCGAAAUGACUCUAAAGACGGACAAAGACACCUUCCUUAAAUCAGAYGACAUGAGAUACAUCGUUGAUUCAGGAGCAUCGACGUUCAACUCCAAGGGAUUCUCUUUGUACACUUUACAAGGGAAGCUACGCGCUGAUAUAGCMAUACCUAACGACUCGCURUGCCUGGAGACGCCCUUGGAKACAGACCGCUGGCACGAUGUACUGGUAACGUGGAGGAAAGAUAAAGGUCUGAAACUCUACCUSAACUGUGAGCUAAAAGGACAUACCUCGUCAAGCGAACACUGUCUGGGCUGCCGCUCACCAGGCUGUCACGUGACUGACUUCAAUACCCAGCUUAUGAUUGGUCGACCAAACUACAGCCCUCAUUUUCACUGCACCAAGUUUGAGAGCGGUGACAUAUCGUUCUGGGAGAGAUACCUGGAUAAUGAGGAUGUCAAAACGUUGUGUGGGCGUGGCACGGGUUCUACAACAGCUCAACUGCAAAACCCAACAGCAUCAAUGCAACAACCAUACUACCAACRAAAUGACCCAAUCACCAACCAGCARCCUUACCAGCAACCCAMUGCGGCACAGAUGACGUCAUAUCCGGCACCAUAUCCWGCACCGUACCCAGCACCCUACCAAUUCCUCAAACCAGGGACCUACCAUUUUACUGAGUAUCUCCCGGCAAUGAAAUUUGGAUCGACUUACUACAGUAGUAACCAGAUGCCCCAAGGGUACUACCCUGCGGCUGCUCCUGCUCCAAGUGCUGCCAAUAAUAUGGGAGUUUAUUCAUCUAGUCCUACGUACGUGCCUGGAGUCGCMAAAUCUCGCACACGUGACAGUCUUGCGUCCACACCAGUUGUCAGUCAGUACUUCUCUCCGUGGGGUCCUUGGAGCACAUGCUCAGAGACAUGCGGUUAUGGCGUCAGAGCUCGUAGUCGCGUGUGCCAGAACCCUCAGAUUCUUCUUGGCGGGAAAGUYUGUAGUGGACCUUCAAUACAACAUGGAUUCUGUUUUGUGAAAGCCUGUCCAGGAACCACUCGUGUUUCAGCAAGAAAAGCGUUGGUGCGUAAAAUCCUGAGAGAUCUGGUACGGGAUUUUACGAUCAAAGAAGGGAAGAAAAUACAAAAUAAACUUCCGGAGUUAAAGCUUGGUCUCGGACAACUUAUUUCUCAUGCCAAAACAGACGUCCAAGCAAAAUCCAAGGCAUCUAUUCUGCACAAAUCUUUGCCAGUCCAGGACAAAGGUCAGGCACGUCACGUGAUACAUCUAGCACUGCACGAAAAACCCCUUCUACUGCAUGGGUACUCGAGAAUCUUGCAUGCAGUUGACGGUCAUUAUAGUAACUGGUCGUCAUGGGGAAAAUGUGACAGGUCAUGUGGUCGAGGCGCGCAAGUGCGCACACGCCUUUGCAACAACCCAACGCCUGGCAUUCUGGGUAAACCAUGUAUUGCUUUUGGACCAUCUGUACAAGUCAGACGGUGUAAUAUAACACCUUGUCCAAUUGAUGGUGGAUUCAGUAGUUGGUCCCAGUUCUCUCCGUGUAGCAAGACGUGUGGUCUUCGAGGAAUUCAGUUUCGUGUACGAACCUGUACAAAUCCCCCUCCUUCUAAUGGCGGCAAGAAGUGUAUAGGAGAAAGAUACGAAACAAGACCAUGCAGAAGAUAUGUACCAUGUCCAGUUCAUGCCAGAUACAGUACGUGGGGACCCUGGUCAGGAUGUGAUGCAGACUGUGGAGGAGGUGUAAGGGAGAGAAUGCGCCAGUGCCUUAAUCCCCCAUCAGGGAUGGGUGAGGAAUUUUGUGCUUCUUUAGGRUCAAGUAGGAUGACACAGCUCUGUAAUUUAGCUCCUUGUGACGACAAAAGCAUGCGAAAAAGAGCAAGUAUUGGUAAAGACAAAAACAAGCGACAAGGACGAAAGAACUUGAUCGAUUCCUUUAAUUUUCUUUGAUGGAAGAAAUUUUGAGCGAAAGAUGAGCUCCGUCAAGAGGCAAAGAUAUGAUUUGAGACACUCAAACAAGGUGCAUUCUGGUCUAGCUCAGUUGGGUACAAACUACGUUUGUAUUAAGCUAGUGUCAGAGUAAAUUGACCUUCCCAUUAAUCUCAGAAAAGGGCUGCAGCGGAUUCUGGUCUAGAUUGGGUAUAAAAACAGGUAUGAAAAUCAACGGAUGUUUGUACCCAAGCUAGAACAGGAUCCACACUAGCUUCCACAUCGUAUGAAGUCAACGCAUUUGCAACAUGGAUUGACUGAAUGAGAAUGUAAAUUGUUUCUUUCUAGAAAAAACUUCAUUGAAUGCCAGUAUUAACUUUAGUGAGUUUCCAUUGGGAACUAUUUAGGAAAAAUACGGAGAAAACACACGUUUGACGAAUAUCAGAUGGAUUCUACACGUCUGUUGUGAAUUAAAAUAAUAUUGAUUUUUUUAUAUAAUUCGUAUUCUAACGAGGAAAAAAUGUACAUCAGAAAACAAAAGCAUUUGUACCCAAAUAGUUUCCAUGCCAUAAUAAAUCAGAAGGGAAACUCUCUUAAAAUGUACUUAUUAGGGUGAUGGAAAUAAAUAAAGUAAAAUGACGAA